GGCGCCAAUAUUCGCCAUAACAUGAGCAAGAACUACCGGAACAUCGAGCGGAGAAUCCUUCGCCUCCUUUCCGGCCACAAAUCCCCAACCCAUCUCACUCAAAUCCACGCCCACUUCCUCCGUCAUGACCUUCACCAAUCCAACCAAAUCCUCGCCCAUUUCAUCUCCAUUUGCGGAGGUUUCAACGAAAUUGCCUAUGCCAAUCGCGUCUUUUCCCAAUCCCAAAAUCCCAACAUUUUCCUUUUCAAUUCCAUGAUUAAAGCCCAUUCCCUUUCCGGCCCCUUCGAACAAUCCCUUCUCCUGUUUUCCUCCCUGAAGAAUCGCAGGAUUGUUCCUGACGAGUACACUUUCGCGCCGCUGCUUAAAUCGUGUUCGAAUCUUUAUGAUUAUCGGCUUGGUAAGUGUGUUAUUGGUGAAGUUUUGCGUCGUGGGUUUGAGUGUUUUGGGUCUAUUCGUAUUGGGGUAGUUGAGUUGUAUGUUUGUUGUGAGAGGAUGGAUGAUGCACAGAAGGUGUUCGAUGAAAUGCCUCAUACGGAUGUGGUUGUUUGGAACUUGAUGAUUCGUGGGUUUUGCAAGAUGGGUAAUGUUGAUUUGGGGUUGUCUCUCUUUAGGCAAAUGAAUGAUCGUAGCCUUGUUUCUUGGAACACAACUAUUUCCUGUUUAGCUCAAAGUGGGCGUGAUGUUGAAGCUUUGGAACUCUUUCAACAAAUGGAAGAACAUGGUUUUGAACCAGAUGAGGUAACUGUGGUCACAAUGUUGCCUGUAUGCUCUCGUUUGGGAGCUAUUGAUGUUGGACAAAUGAUCCAUUCUUAUGCAACUUCCAAGGCAGAUUUAGUGAAUACAACAAUGGUAGGGAAUUCUCUUAUCGAUUUCUACUGUAAAUCUGGCAAUACAGAAAGAGCUUACAACAUUUUUCAGAAAAUGACUUGCAAAAGUGUUGUUUCAUGGAACACAAUGAUCUUAGGCUUUGCUUUGAAUGGGAAGGGAGAGCUUGCCAUUGACCUUUUCAUGGAGAUGGGACAAGGGGAUGCGAAGCCGAACGACGUGACACUCGUAGCCAUCUUGACUGCUUGUGUUCAUUCAGGAUUGUUAGAGAAGGGUCAAGAGGUGUUUUCUUCAAUGGCUGAGAAGUAUGAGAUUGAGCCAAAACUUGAACAUUUUGGUUGUAUGGUUGAUCUUUUGGGACGUGGUGGAUGCGUGGAGGAGGCUCAUAGCUUGAUUAGAAGUAUGCCAAUGCAACCAAAUGCCACUUUGUGGGGUGCAUUGCUUGGUGCUUGCAGAACUCAUGGUAACUUGAAACUUGCAGAAAUGGCAGUGAAUGAGCUCAUCAGUCUUGAACCAUCGAACUCUGGUAAUUAUGUGUUGCUAUCUAAUACAUUGGCUGAAGAAAGACGAUGGGAAGAUGUUGAGAAUGUCCGACGCUCCAUGAGAGGAAAAAACGUCAAGAAAGCACCGGGGCGGAGUGCAAGUGGGUAAUCUCGGGGUGAAAAAUUACAACCAUUCUUAGACCAUGUAGGGAAAGCCCCAAGUCUUCUAGAAUUAUCCCCAUAAGUCUUAUAUCACAAGAUGCGGGGUGUCGAUCCCCAUACUUCUUGCAUGCGAAGCGAGCACUCUACCAUUUGAGUACAUUCUCAUUAUUCUUGCAUCACAAGACCCUAUAUUUUCCAUCAUCAAUAACAGUG